UCUCUGUCCGGCAGGUGGCGCUGUGUGACCGAGCUUCACUUUGAACAACAUUAAAAACAGAGAAGAAGAAGAAGAAGCUGCUUUCUGAUUGGCUGUCCGCUGUGACACGGUUAGCCCAUGGGUUAGCGUCUUUCUCCGUUCUUUUAAUAAAUAUCGUUUAAUUUAAUCUGGACUCAGAUUAAUUUAAUCUGGACUCAGGUUCCUGUCAGUUUCAGGGAGGAGAUUGACAGCCCGAACCCUCCGUCGGUGUUCGGCUCGAAGCGGUUCUGAGGCUAAUGCUAGCUUAAAGCUAAGAACCAGCAGAUUUCUGGAGUUCUGUUCGGCUCCUCGAACGGUUCGGUCCGGGUCCAGGAGCUGCCAUGAUCCGUUCUGCGGUCUGACUGGACGAGGAUGGCUGCAGAGCUGUUCCCCACCAAGAAACUGGUGUCCGCCUCCAUCCAGAACCAGAACCGGCAGAACCUCAGCAACAACAACACGGCGCAGGGCUGCUUCAGCUGGCAGGGUCUGUACCCGACCAUCCGGGAGAGGAAUUCAGUCAUGUUCAACAAUGAGAUGAUGGCAGACGUUCACUUCGUGGUCGGACCACCAGGUGGGACCCAGCGAGUCCCGGGUCACAAG